CUCACAGGUACACUCGGUGUCCAGCAGUCCUUCGACUACAUUGCUCCCGGAGACGGUACUGCAGGCCUCGCCCUGCCAACGGCUUACUGAAAAUAAAGCUGUUAUGGAUGUUGUGAUCGAAGCGCGGAGUUUGUAUCAGGUUGCUGCUCCCGUGCUUUCCACAACGGCAGCUGGGGAUGUCACAUUCGUUGGUAUGCCCAGUGGGUCCCGCCCACGGUAUUCAUGGGGAGAGUCUAAUCUGUGUGAAGGGACGAAGGGGCGUCUAGCGACGGUUUGUUGAGGAUUCUACACUGCUACUGAUCCGGCGUCGAAUUCUAUUGCGAGAGCUUACACGAGAGUAAAAUGUCUUGGUGGAAGGUAAGCAUGGGCAAGUCAACCCCAAGGACUUCACUCACUGAAUAGUUCGGCACGGAACUUCAUGGUUUAGCAGAGACCAAGCGUCGGCUCGCUCCAGAAUGUGAGUCUUAUGAUCCUAGUGGUUAUAAUUGUUGGCGGAGGUGGUAAUGGGCAGAUGCUGUCGGUACACUUUCGACAACGUCUUACCGUAUUCAAACAGAGCAUACAGUUCACUACCCCCAAAUCAACCCGUGAUGAGCUGCGAAGGCGAGUGCAGAAUAAAAUGCUGGCGCUUCCAGUGCUUCCGGAGGCCCUAUUCAGGUAUCAUAUGCAAAUAAAC